AUGCUACAGCUGAGCCUGUCCUGGCUGGGUCUGGGGCCUGUGGCUGCCUCCCCAUGGCAGCUUCUGCUGCUAGGUGGGGCCUCCUGGAUUCUGGCCCGAAUUCUGGCCUGGCUCUAUUCCUUGUAUGACAACUCCUGCCGGCUCCACUGCUUCCCUCAGCCCCCUUCACAGCACUGGUUUUGGCGUCACAUGGGCAUGAUCCAGAACAAUGAGGAGGGCCUGCAGCUGAUGACUGAAAUGGGCCACCACUUCCAUGAUGUCUACCUCUGUUGGUUUGGGGCUUUCUACCCGAUCCUGACACUCACCCACCCCAAGUUCAUUGCCCCCGUGCUCCAGGCCCCAGCUGCAGUGGCCCCUAAGGAAAUGACUUUCUAUGGUUUCCUGAAGCCAUGGCUGGGGGAUGGGCUGUUGGUGAGUGCUGGUGAGAAAUGGAGUCACCAUCGUCAUCUGCUGACACCCGCCUUCCACUUUGACAUCCUGAAGCCCUAUGUGAAGAUUUUUAACAAGAGCGUGAACAUCUUGCAUGCCAAGUGGCGGCGCCUGACCACCAAGGGCAGCGCCCGUCUGGACAUGUUUGAGCACAUCAGCCUCAUGACAUUGGACAGUCUGCAGAAAUGUGUCUUCAGCUUUGACAGCAACUGUCAGGAGUCUCCCAGCGAAUACAUUGCUGCCAUUUUGGAGCUCAGCUCCCUCAUAAUGAAACGGCACCACCAGCUCUUCCUGUAUAUGGACUUCCUGUACUACCUCACUCCUGAUGGGAGGCGCUUCCGCAAGGCCUGUGACGUGGUGCACAACUUCACAGAUGCUGUCAUUCAGGAGAGGCGUAGUAGCCUUGCUAGCCAGGGUGUUGAUGACUUCCUCAAGGCCAAGAAGAGGUCUAAGACGUUAGACUUCAUCGAUGUGCUCUUGCUGGCCAAGGACGAUCAUGGAAAGGAGCUGUGUGAUGAGGACAUCCGGGCAGAGGCUGACACCUUCAUGUUUGGAGGCCAUGACACCACAGCCAGUGCACUCUCCUGGACCCUGUACAACCUGGCGAGGCACCCGGAAUACCAGGAGCGCUGCCGGCAGGAGGUGCGGGAGCUGCUGAGGGACCGAGAGCCUGAGGAGAUUGAAUGGGACGACCUGGCCCAGCUGCCCUUCCUGACCAUGUGCAUUAAGGAGAGUCUGCGGCUGCAUCCUCCGGUCACGAUGAUCUCCCGCUGCUGCACCCAGGACGUUGUGCUCCCAGAUGGCCGGAUCAUCCCUAAAGGGAACGACUGUAUCAUCAGCAUCUUUGGGGUUCAUCACAGCCCUUCAGUCUGGCCAGACCCUGAGGUCUAUGACCCCUUCCGCUUUGAUCCAGAAAACCCUCAGAAGAGGUCACCGCUGGCUUUUAUUCCCUUCUCUGCCGGGCCCAGGAACUGCAUAGGACAGACUUUCGCCAUGAGCGAGAUGAAGGUGGCGCUGGCACUCACCCUGCUGCGCUUCCGCGUCCUGCCGGACGACAAGGAGCCGCGCCGGAAGCCGGAGCUGAUCCUGCGCGCAGAGGGCGGGCUGUGGCUGCGGGUGGAGCCGCUGAGCAUAGGCGCUCAGUGA